ACAAUAAAACAAUUAAUUAACUUUCACCGCACCAACAGACAACAGAUCGCCUUCGCCGGCCGGCGUCUGGGUAUGAACUCCGUGUUUCUACUACAAUACGCACUACUGACCGGAGCAGUUAUCCAACGACGAAAAACGGCAUCGUUGCGCUUCAUAUAUAUACUGUGCUAAGAACCUGCCGCUUUUAACGGGCGGUGGCGUUAAAAGUGAAGGAAUGAGUGUCAUCAUCAUCACCUACCUACCCCCAGAGACCAACACGAUUUCUAAGCAAACUUAAAAGAGACAAACAGAGAUAGAAGAGUGGACCGCUAAAAUGGCGGCUGCCUCUUCAACAGCAACUCAGUCCCCAUUCAAAACCUUCGACGCCUCUCAAGCCAAUUCCCUUAAACCCCACUCUUCUUCUCGCAUCUUUAUCAACUUCAAAUCUUUGACCCCUAACCGUAACCGUCAAAUCAGGUGUCUUAUCAAGAGCUUCGAGAACCAGCCGCAAAAUCAGAAUGUAGAUUUCCUAUCGGGAAGUGAUUCCAUCCAUUUGAUCCAACCCAAUUCUUCUCCUUCCUCCGCCAUAUCCAUGGCUGCUGCUUCUUCAUCGGAAUCUGUAUCCAAGACCGUCAAAAGGGUCUGUCUCUUUUACUGCGAUGAGACCAAGGCUCUUGCCGAGCGAGUCGCAGCGGAGUCUGAUGCCAUUGAGCUACGUAGUAUAAACUGGAGGACGUUCGAAGAUGGGUUUCCAAACUUAUUCAUACCAAAUGCUUAUGGCAUUCGUGGACAGCGCGUAGCUUUUUUGGCCUCAUUUAGUUCUCCCGGCGUCAUCUUCGAGCAGCUCUCUAUAAUCUAUGCAUUGCCAAAGCUGUUUAUCUCCUCGUUCACGCUUGUCCUUCCCUUUUUCCCUACGGGCACUUUCGAGCGCAUGGAGGAUGAAGGCGAUGUUGCAACGGCUUUUACUCUUGCUAGAAUCUUAUCAAAUAUACCCACCUCUAGGGGAGGACCCACUAGCUUAGUCACCUUUGAUAUCCAUGCAUUGCAGGAGAGAUUCUACUUUGGCGAUAAUAUAUUGCCAUGUUUUGAGAGUGGUAUACCUCUGCUUAAGAAGAGACUCCAACAGCUUCCUGAUUCUGACAAUAUAUCCAUUGCAUUCCCUGAUGAUGGUGCAUGGAAGCGGUUUCAUAAGCAACUGCAACAUUUCCCAACGAUUGUUUGUGCUAAAGUUCGAAUAGGUGAUAAACGAAUUGUACGUAUCAAAGAGGGUGAUCCUGAAGGACGGCAUGUUGUGAUUGUUGAUGAUUUGGUCCAGUCAGGUGGCACUCUGAUUGAAUGCCAGGUAUGCAAUUUCACAUAUAUGAUUUCUGUUUACUACGAAUCUUCACAUACUUUUUUAAAAUCUGGAGGUUACCAUCUACAAGCUAUGGCUACAAGGUGAAACUCUGAAGUUUGGUACUGUUACAAGAUAAAAUCACGAACUUUGACAGUGUUGAGAAUGCAUGUGAUUUUGAGUGGAAGUGUCAACUUUAGUGAUCCCUUUGAUUUUUUUUUUUUUGAGAAGUGUAUUUGAAUUACAGAAAUAGUUUGGUAUGAAGAGGUUUAUGGCUUUUUCUGGUCUUGAUCCUGCUUAAUGGAAGCUGUACCAAGUUAACUGAAUCCAAUGAUAGCUAUAUGUAAGAAGGAAGUUUGGUAAUUUAUACCUUCCACUAACCUGCAUUUGAUUAUUUCCAUUUAGUUUCUUGUUAUUUCCUAGUUUUGAUUCUCAUGUUACUCUUAAUAUGCAUAAUUAGAAUAUAAUUUAUUGUUUCAGUUGUUCUAAGAAAAUUAUUAUGUUUGUGUUACUACACCUCUAUCUUAAAUUUCUUUACGUGGAGAAUUUAAAUCUUAGAUACCUAAUAGAUUAUGGUCUAGUUAUGUGUAUUAAGAUUAAUAUGAAUAUUAAAACUAGCAAUUGAGUAGAAAUUGAAGGAAAAUGAAACAAAAGCAACCUAAAGCCAAUGUGAUAAAAUGUAUUAAGUUAAUUUUUUACCUCUGGGAAUUGUACUUCAGCGUGAGUGCACUGCUUUUGACUCUCAUUUGAGUUGAUGUUCCUUUAACAAUUAUAUUCAUUCUUAGUCAUUGGUUGUGCAAAAAUAUGGACCCUUUCUCAUAUUCUGUAUGGGCAAUGUUCAAAUUAGUUUCAUCAACUU